AUGUCAUCGUCCUCAUCCAAAAGGAAGUCCUUCCAACCACAAAAAAAUGUUGAAGAAUCGGAAAUACCAGAGGAUGAUGAGGAGAAGUGUGAAGAAACCGAAGUUGUAGCCGAUGAAGAACCCGUCGAGGAAACGGAAGUUCCAUUGAAGUUGGAUGAAAAACAAGAAACUGAAAAUACGAAACAGUUCGAGGGACUUAGUGCGCUCCAAUCGCAAUUGAGCCAACCAAAUCUGAAGUUCAAUGAGAUGUUUGAAACUCAAAGGAAAUUGUACAGUAAUUUAAUCGAACAACAAAAGAAGUUCUUCCCACAACCACAGCCGGAAAUUAUUCCGGAGAAGCCCAGAGCGCGUGAUUUCUCGCAACUCGCGCAAACUUUGAAGACUGAGAUUAUUGAUUCUUUAUCGGGAUCGAUUGAUAAAGUCUUGAAAGAGUGGGCAGCCAGCGAAAUGGCACGUCUUCAACAAGAAAUGGCAGCAGCAGCUCGACCUGCUGCUGUACCACCAAUGUUCAACCCUCUAUUUCCAGCCCCCAAUCCACUGGCUGCUCAUUUUGGGAUAAAUCCACAUUUGCCUCCUGCUGGGAUAUUUCCCACACCGCUAAAUGCGUUCAAUUCUUUAGCGGCGUUGAAUCAAAUGCGCCGUCCAUUUGAGGAUGAUGGUCCAAAGAAAAAGAGGAGUAAGGUUACCGAUAGUGUUCGGAAAUUAAACGGUACCCCUAUGGUUCGCGAAGGAUCACCAAGUAGUACAAGAAGUAGUCCUAUAUUAUCCCAAUCCACUCCUUUAUCCAACUACUUCCCACCGACUAUGGUUGGUCAUCCAUUGUACGGUGGUGCAACGUUUGGAGAAAGAGAGGGAAGCCCUACGAAUUCAGAUGAGACUAGCGAAUGUGGUGGUUAUGAGGGGGGUCAAAGCUCAACGCUUACGCCUGUGCACUUGAGAAAAGCUAAAUUGAUGUUCUUCUACACUCGUUAUCCAAACUCUACCCUCCUCAAGUCGUACUUCCCAGAUGUACGAUUCAAUAAAAACAAUACUGCGCAACUAGUGAAAUGGUUCAGCAAUUUUAGGUAA